CUUCCCUAUUGGCACAGUGUGGAGGACAGCAAUCACAGAGGGAGAGACGGACAUUGACAGAACUCUCACCAGCCUCUCAUUCAGGAGCAAAAGAAUGCUUUACACGGAGUUACUGCGGUUGUGGGAUGAGUCGGUGCAGGCUGUGGAUGCCAAGGACUGGAAAAGCGCUCUGGCCAAACUGGAGCAGAUCACUGAACCCACUUCUCGCACGUUCUUCAACUCUGCCUCAGCGCACCUGGGCCUGGGACAACUGGACCUGGCCAUGAGGGCUUUAGACUUCAGCAUUUCAAAGGAUGAACGUCUUGCUGUGGGCUUCUUCCAAAGAGCAGCCGUGAUGAUGCAGAUUAACAGGUUGGAGGAAGCUCUAUCAGACUGUGUCUGGACACAGAAGCAUAUGAGAGGCAAUGUGGUCAUUGACUACAAACAGCUGGGACUGAGAUUCAAACUCUACAGUUGGCAGGUGUUAUAUAAUGCAGCAGCUGUGUACUGUCGGAUGGGCCAGUGGGAACAGGCUAGGGACGUCCUGCUGUCAGCCUCCCAGGAGAAGGGAGGACGAGGGACAAACAUAGAGGCAGCUUUGGACAGCAUUGCGAAUAAAGAGGUCUUGGCUCCUCUCCUGGUACCUGUGGAUGUGGUGUUUCGUCCCAGGAAACAGGAUGUGGAGCAGCUGAAGCAAAGAGACUUCUUGGGGAAGCCAAAGGUGAUUUCCUCCAUGAUUCCCAAUGAUGAUUUUGGAGGUUUCGAACCUUUGAGGCUGCAGAAACCUGGUUUCUAUGAACCUAAGGUGGAUGGAGCUCAGGAUUCUCGAUAUAUGCGCAUGCGGCUUGCUUACGUGGCUCGGGCCCCAGGACAACUGACUGUUCCAGGAGGGGCCACUGUAUUUCUAUUUGGAGAGGAGGACAGAGAUGGGAUGACAGCAGUCAUAUAUGAUGGACAGAGAGGACUCGUGCCGGUGUCCCUGCUCGAACCUGCAGAUGUCAAGACGUCCAGUGGCAAAAAGCAGAAUGUUCUUUUACAGACACUUCCUAGUGGGAUCCCCCUCCCACCGGGUCUCAAGCCCCCCACUCGACCAAAGGCCCAGGCCAGUCCUGCAGCUCCUCCUCAGGUACAGUUUACCUCAGACACUCCACCUCCAUCCUACACUACUGCCACCCACGUGCUACCAGCAGCCUCAGAGCCUCCCAAGUAUACAGCCAAUGCAGCCAGCAACCAGCAUGCCAGCUCACCUCAGGGAUCACAGAUGGAAUCUGUGGUGGUAAAGGUCCACUACACAUACACUGUGGCUUUGUCUGUCCCUCUGAACACACCAUACACUGAACUGAAGGAACAAAUCGCACAGAAAUUGGGCCAACCAGCAUCUCAGCUGCGCCUCAGACAUAAGCAGCAUGGCUCCCGUGUGCUGACACCCCUGCGUGGGGAAGUGGGUGGUACUGUGCAAGAGGUGGCUGAGGCCGGCAGAGCCACCCUGUGGUGCCAGAAAGAGGACCCGCUAGCCAACCGUACCAUACUCUACCAGAUGGUGGCGCUGUAUGACUACAGUUCUCAAGGGCCAGAGGAUCUGGACUUUAGCGAAGGAGACACCAUUGACAUCUUGGGUGAAGUUAAUGAAGAGUGGCUGGAAGGACACUGUGCAGGAAAUAUCGGCAUCUUCCCCCGCUGCUUUGCUUACAGGGAGAACAACAACAUCACUCAGAGCUCAGAAUUUUAAAUGCACAUGCAGUCAUCUCUGAUAAACCCAUUAACCUGUGAAUGGUGGCUAUUUAUAGCCUCAAAACAGCCAAACAGUACCUUUAAAGUGCCUAACAUGCAUUCAGUACUGACUAUGGCAUCAAUACAAUGUUUCUGUAGUGGCUUAGAGUAUUGCUUGGAAAGUGUUUCUCUGACAAUACAUAUCCACAGACCUACACGGGGGAAGAGGUUAUGGGUAAUUGAGGCUUACAGAAGAACCUGAACCUCCCAAAUUUCAACUGACUGAAUGAUGAAACUUCCUUCAGGACCAGAAAUGGGAUGAAAACAAACACGCUGCAUACAAAUAUAAAGAAAACAAGUGACCUGCUUGCACACUUGCUUAUGUGCACUUAGAUAGGAGAAUAAUUUCAGCUUGUGUCUAUGAUACUAAAGCAUUUAUUUUUUCUUAUUAUUAUACCUGCUUCACUUUCCUGUUUAUAUAACCUGUGGCAUCACUACAAUACUCCUGUUAUAUCAUUUAAUAUUCAAAUGAGACUGAGUUUAAAAUGUUCCCCCAUGUUCUUAUCAUUUUUCUACGGGGUUAUAAUGAUUGGUCUGGCCUGGCAUCUUUAAAGUGUGUUGGGGUUGCUGUGCAGUGUCUCAAUGACAGAUAGUGUAAAAUAUUCUGAUAUAGUUUUCUAAUGAAGAUACUGAAGCUGUUAAAUGAAUCUCAGUGUGUUUCUGCUGAUUACCAAUGUCAUAUUGCAAAUAGUUGUAAAUUAGUAGUGACUUAGUUGUUUAAUAAAAAAAUUGAUUAAUUAAAAAAA